CAGUGAUAUACAAAACGGUCCAUGCCACCGGCUUUGACGCACCGUGCGCGCAUCGCCGGCGUCGAUCGCGUGGUGGUGCUCCUGACGUAGGGCACUUUAAUUUAUUUAAAUCAAAAUACAAUAAUAACAACAAGUCAUUCAAUAAGUGAUUGAUUAAAUAUAAUUUUUAAAUUAAUUAAUAAUUAUUUAGUUUCCAAAAAAAAUUGACAGCUUUAUUUUAUCAUCAUUUUUGUUGUUUAUUUUUUAUCGAAGAGGAAAGUGAUUUUCAUUUAAUUCGUGAAACUAUUUUAUGGAUUAAUAUUUAAAAGUGAAUUUAAGACUUUUUAUUUAUGCUCAUAGUUAUUUGAUUGAAAAAUAAUCUCAAAAUUUUAAAAGUGGGUGAAUAUUUGCCUUUUUUUUUUUUGUUUUUUUUUUUUUUUUCGUUUUUAAUUUAAUUCAUUUGAAAUGAAUUUUUUUCUAUUAACUGGAUAGUAACAAAGGUAAAAAUUCCAGUGUCAAUUUAACGUCAAGUGUUGGAUAUUUGUCGAACGUACUUGAAUUAGUUUUUUUUUUUUUAAAUACCAAAGGAUAUUCAGGUGGAAAUAGAUAAAAAAAAUAUUGAAAUGAAAUGUGGAUGGACUCUUUGAAUAUUUGAAAUAGACUAUUGAAAAUUUACUUUGAUGUACAUGCGUGCUUCAUUGUAAUGUGAAAGCAUGUAUUUAUUUGGAAAUGUUACUAACCGGUGUAUUAUUGAUCGAGAUCAAAGCCCAUUGGUACUUGAAUUACCAUUAAUUUGACAAAUAUCGUUUUCAAUUUAAAUUAAUAGCACAAAUAAUAUACUUUAAUGUAAAAUCUAGCCAAAGUUAUUUACCAAAACUAUUCUUAGAUAAAUAGAAAAAUAAAAACAGCAAAUAAAUAUUUAGUCAUAAUUUUUAAGUGAAUUCAAAGUGACGUUGUGAGACAGUGCAAUAAAUUAAAUUAAUUAAAAUUCAUAAUUGUGAAUUCGACAUAUCAAUUUUUUUUGUGUUUAUAUUUGUUUAAACAAAUGAGCUAUUAUUAAUCUGGAGAUUUUUGGCGCACAUUUUAUAUUGUGCCAUUAAACUGUAAAAAUUAAUUCAACACUGGAAAAUGAAGAUGCUCUCUUCUUUCUUCAUCUCAAGAGUGACAACGGGCUAGUGGACACAGACCCAAGCCGACUUGGAACCAUGACAGCCAUCAACUCGGGUCCAGUUGGUGAAGUGGGUGGAGUAAGACUACCUUUACAAUCGCUGCAUGGAUACGGUUCUGUGUUCAUGUAUUCAGCAUCAACUAGUCCUGGUGGUGGUGGUCAAAAUGGUCAGGGUAAUGGUGGUAAUGGUGAAGUGACACUACGUCUUCGUGAACCUGAAGAUAUACCAGAAGAAGUAUUGGCACGUCUUGAGGACACAGCUACCCUCUCAAUAUCACUUCAAGGAGAUGCCGUAUUGAGACUCAGUUCAGCAAGUGCUGGAAACAGUAAUUUGGAGCUUUUUGAUAGUGAAAGUGGGCCGGACCUAACACUAUCACCCCAGACGUUUACAUCAACAGCGGAAGCAUUCAUAAAUGACAAUAGUGACAGUCUCGGAGUACCCGGUGACAACGAUAUGAGUAGCAGUGAAGAAUUAAGAAUAAGUCCAGGUGAACCUGGCAAACUUGGUGUUAAAAAAUCACGACCCAAAGCAUCAUCCCCAAACCGUCAAGGACCUCAACAAUGCCAGGUGUGUGGUAAAGUAUUCAACAACGCCUCAGCACUGACAAAGCACAAGCUGACACACAGUGACGAGAGGAAGUACGUCUGUACAAUGUGCGGCAAGGCAUUCAAGCGGCAGGACCACUUAAAUGGCCACAUGCUGACACACAGAAACAAAAAGCCAUUUGAGUGUAAAGCAGAUGGAUGUGGAAAAUCUUACUGUGAUGCAAGAAGUUUACGUAGACAUACUGAGAAUCAUCAUGCUGGUAGUAAAGUUAAUGAAAGCACUAGUCCAAGUAGUCCAACAACUGGUCCACAUACACCCAAUACACCAGGCAGUAAUCCAGGAACACCAAGUACACCUGGAACUACAACAGCAGUUACAACAACUACGACAACAACAACAACUCAAAAUGGCCAUGGACAUACAGCACUCAAGCAACUUCUUGCUACUGAACCAGCACCAACACAAUUGCACAAGAAUUCAACGUCAGGUGGAAAUAAUGAUGGUUUGACAAAACAUCAGAUAGAAUUGAUUCAACAAAUAAUGCAUCAAACACAUCAACAACAACAACAGCCAAAUACACAAUCAUCUCUAACAACAUCUGGGACAGUUGUUACAAAUCAAACAAAUAAUAAAAAUGGAAAAACAACAACAAAAUCAGUCAAUUCACCAAAUUCAAAUGCAAAUAAUAAUGUUACAAUAAAUGGUACAAGUUCUAGUCCAAAACCAAAAAUAUGGGCACACAAUCAGCAACAACAGCCACAACAACAAGUUCAAUCCCAACAAAAACAAACACUACAACAAUCGACAAAUCAACAAUCACAAUCAGUCACAUCAUCACAAAGUAAUGCCAACAAUAAAACAAAUACAUUAACAAAUAACAUGACAACUGGUGGUGCUUCAACAAUAAAUAAUAAAAAUGGAAAUGAAACAAAACUUGUUGAAUGUAGCCUUUGUCGUCGUCAAUUUAAAAACAUACCAGCAUUAAAUGGACACAUGAGACUACACGGUGGAUAUUUUAAAAAGGAUGGUGAAAAUAAAAAAAAUGAAAAAAAAGAAACACCAGGACCACCGUUACAAACAGCAUCUGUAAAUGUUCGAGCACUUAUUGAAGAAAAAAUUAUUCAAAAAAGAACAACUGCAACAGAAGCGAAUGCAGCAAAUCAAGCGAGAGUUAAUUCGUCAAUUUUCACAUCACAACCAACAGAUGUACAAAAUAAUAUUAUUGGAAAAACAAAUUUUGCAAUACCAGCACCACCACCACUGGCGACUAGUGAAAAAAAUCGUAAACUAACAGAUACUGAACAUUUUCGUCAGCCAAAUGUAACUGUUGGUGGUCAUCAAAAUGUGCAAAAACAAUUACAAGAAGCACAAACACAAGCACAAGCACAAGCACUUGCUGAUUUUAUACUAAAAGGUACAACAAAAAUUGCUGGUAAACGUGCAACAUCAGAUCCAGGACAGAGAGUUCAAUUGACUUAUAAACCAAGUCCACAAGUUGCUAAAACAAAUCAACCACAACAAAAACAAGAUCAACAACAGCAACAACAACAUCAACAGCAGCAACAGCAACAACAACAACAACAGCCAACUCAACCACAAGCUCAAACACAACAUACUGUUUCAGAGAGCUUUACAAUGACUGGUUAUUCUGAAGAUGGUGGUUAUUUUAGUCCAAGUUUACAGGAUGAAGUAUUUCAACAAGUAACUGUUGUACCUGACUCGGUUUUACUUCAAUCAAGUCAAUUGGAUUCAAUACAGUUUCAGGCAUCGAAAUUACUUCAAGAUCAGUCGUCUGAUCAGUUGCAUGAUAUAACACGUGAAAAUCGUUUUACAUCACAACACACUGUAAAUCCAGAUUUACAAGCUCUUGUUAAUUCACCACUUCCUGAAUCAUUGGCUGAAUUUAGUGCAUAUGGUACACAAUAUAAUGAAAGUCCACAUACAUUAUCAACUCAAUCACCAUUACCAUCACCAUUAACACGUCAUGAUAGUCCAAGUUUUACUUAUCCAACACCACCAGCAAGUCAAGAUGAUAUUUAUGGUUCAUCAUCACCAAAUCAAAGUUCACCAUUACCAAGUCCAUUAUCAGCAACACCAGCACCAUCACCAUUAUCAUCAUUACCACCAUCAUCAGUAUCAUCACCAGGUACAGCAACAUUUACAUCAUCUGGCUUUUCACCACAUCAUGCAUUACAAAAUCAAAUGAUGCCAAAUUCAGAAGAUCCAUUAUUAUCAUCAAGUCCAAAAGAUUUUGCUGCAAAUCGUCGUAAAUUUGAAUUUCAAUCAUAUAAAUUAAUAACAAGUCAAAAUCUUGUUGAUUUUGGUCUUGGUAAUGGUAGUCUUGCUGGUAUUGUUGUUGAUAAUAAUGGUGAAUAUAAAUUAAUACAAACAGCUGGUUUACAAAAAACUAAUUUUUUAGUACAAAGUACAUUGAGUCCUGCAUUAACAUUUAGAAAAGAAAUACGUAUUACAAAUCCAAAAAUUGAAUCAAUGCAAAAUUCAAUUGGUGGUAAUAUGAUUAAUAAUGUACUACAAAAUAAUAUUAAUAAUCAAACACAACAAUAUUCUCAUCAUCAACAACAACAACAACAACCACAACAACUGCAGCAGCAACAACAAUUACAACAGCAGCAACAAUUACAACAACAACAACAAUUUUCACAACAAUUAAUAAAUCCAUCACAAUAUUUAAUUCAAACAAAUACAACUAAAAAUUAUCAUAAACAAAAUCAUUUACCAGUACCAGUUGAACAUAUUAAACAAGAAAAUUCAGAUGAUGAUUUAUUUCUAAGUCCUGAUAAUAUAUUAUCAAAUCCAAUAAUUCAACAAGCUUAUAAUAAUCAUCAUCAUAUAAAUCCACAACAACAACAGCAGCAUCAACAGCAUCAACAGAAUCAACCGCAGCAGCACCACCAACAUCAAUAUCAACAAAAUAGUAGAAAAAGACCGAGAAUUGAUAGUAUAACAACAUCAUCAACAACAUCAACAGCAACAACAACAACAUAUCCAUCUCGUUUAAGACGUGCAUGUGAUCGUCAUUGGGACAGUAGUUAUACACCACCACCAAUACUUGAUCCAUCACGUAUGGGUGCUGGUCUAUAUGCACGUUUACAUCAAAAUGAUAGAGAUUCUGAUUUUAGUUCAGAUGAUUCACAGGGUAAUGAUGGACCACCACCAAGAAUAAAUAUUGGUACACGUUAUCAAGCAUCAAUACCACCAAUUGAUAAUGAAACUGAACGUGGACGUGGUGGACGUGAAACAGAUCAUUUACUUUGGGAUCCUGGUAUUUUAAAUAACAUUGAUAAUAAUUCAAUUGAUAUGUACUUACAAUUUGCAUGUUGUGCUGGUACACCUGGUGGUGGUAGAAAUAAAGAAUAUGCAUUACAUUUAUUACAUAUGUGUAAUGGCAAUAUACAUGAAGCAAUGUUAAAGUUAAUGAAACCAACACCAGUAUUACCACCACAUCAUCCACUAACAACAUAUGAUUAUCGUGACACUGAUAGAUGGACUAGCCAAGAAAUGAUGAUUUUCUAUCAGGGUUUACUUGAAUAUAAUAAAAAUUUUUCAUUAAUAUCACGUGAUAUUACAACUAAAACAACAAAACAAUGUAUACAAUUUUAUUAUAUAUGGAAAAAACUAUGUCCAAAUGAAAAUAAAAAAGUUAGAGAUAAACAUUGUAGAUAUAAAAUGAAAUUUGAGGGAGGUAAUGAUAGUAAAGAUACUAAAGAACUUAGAGAUGCAAUUGCAUCUGUUAGUGAUAUGGAUUUAUGUGAAGAAAAAUCAAUACUUCACAGAACACUUUUGCAGACAAAUGAGAGAGAAUCUUCAGCUACUUUGACAACUAGCGAAGGGGAAUUAAGGCUCUUUGCCUACGACUGCCCUGAUAGCUUUAGCGGAAGUGUAACAGUAACGAUGACAGGAAGCAACAUUGUCGCCAAUAAUGGCCAAUCAACAGUCAACAACAAUUCACAAACUCACAUUAGUUCUGAGCAACAACUACCCGUGCCCACCCCACUUCACUACCCCUGCAAGAUUUGCGGGAAAGUUUUCAACAAAGUCAAAAGCAGAAGUGCCCACAUGAAGUCACACAGGCCAAUACCUUUACCAGAUACAGCAUCUCAAGAAUCUAAAAAAUCAACAAAUCAAAUGCACAAACAAUCACAAAAUAAUAAUAAUAAUAAUCAACAAUUAAAUAUUAAUAAUGAUUAUCAAAAAAUAACAGUUAAAAGUGAACAAUUAAAUGCCAAUAAUAUUUGGCAUAAUCCAACAAGAUUGAGACCACCAUAGAAUUCUCAUAUACGCGCACUUGAGGUACCCUAACGAAGGCUUCAAUUUAUUAUUAUUAUAAUUAAAAGUCAUACUGUAUUCGUCAUAAGCAGAAAAUAUAUAUUUUCAUUCAAAUAAUUGACUGGAAUAAAUUUAAUAUUUAAUAUUCAUACUAGCCUAAUUGGGAAGAUGGAAACGAUAUUUAAAAUGGCCUAUGUUAAUGCGCAGCAGAGUUUCUACAAAUGGUCUAAAUAAAUCAAAAUAAAUGGAAAUUUAAAAUCAAAAUAUUAAAUUAAUUAAUCAUUUUUCUACAAAAUGAGGAUAUUAAUAUUGAUCCCAUAAGGCAACCAGGGUAUCGAAGUGACAAAAUAAAAAAAAAACUUGAAAAAAUAAUAAUUAACAUAUUAAUUAUAAUUAUCUUUGUGUAAUAAUUAAAACAAAAAUGAAAUAGGACAAUCGUUUGUGGAUAAAACAAACAAUUGUUUGAAAGAAAAAAUAACCAACUUUUGUAUUUAUCCAUCGCUCAUAUUUAAAAGAAAAUAAUUAAACAAUAAAAAAUAUGCACUGGGACGAUCUAAAUAUAACACUGAAACAUCGUAAUAAUAUUUAUUUUACCUUUUUUUUUUUUCUUCGAAAUAUUUUAUAUAUGAUGAUACUUAGGAAAAAAUUAAUUGAUGGAUUUUUUUUUUGUAAAUAGAGUUAAUAUAUAUAUACAAUUUCUGAGCAUGUAGAUAAAAGAAGUUUCAAAUUUUCAUGUAAAAUUGGUGUAGAUUUUAAAGAAGAAAAAAAAAAAUUUAAACAAAAGCAUAAUAAUAUUACAAUAAACAUUCAUUCACACUAAUUAGAUAAAAAAAAAAAAAAAGUUAGUUUAAUUUUAUUUAUUUAUUUAUUUCGCUGUUUAAACAAUUUAUUUAUUUUUUUUUUUUAACAGCAAGUCUACGAGGUGAGAUUCUUGUGGAAGAAAAAAAUACGUUUUAAAAAUUAAAUGAUAAGAAUAAUGAUUUAUUUGAUAAGAAAAGAUUUAAAAAAAUAAUUAGGAAAAUGAAAAAAAAAAAAAAUGUUAAAGUCAAGUUUGAUUAUUAAUGAUGAAUUAAGUAAAAAAUAAAAAUUGAUUGAUGGAUUUCUUGGGAAAAGAAAUAAGCAUUUUAUAUCAAGUUUCGAUUGCGCGAAACUCUAAAUUGUUAUUCAAGAAAUUGGCCUAUCGUAGACGUAUUUUAAUCUUUUUUAAUAAAAUGUUAUAAAUUGUUAAAUAAUAAACGUCUAAAAUUUAAUCUAGAAAUUAUUUUUAGACAUAAUUGAUAAAUAUAAUUUUGUGUAUUUUGUCUUUUUUAUGACAAAUAUAAAUUUAGAAAUAAUACCUGUAACUUUUUUUCUGACCUGCGACAUUUAUUACUUAAAAAAAAAAAUUUGCUAUAUUAUUCUUACUCCUCAAUACUAGUGCCAAUUUAAACUACAUUAAAAUCAAAAUAAUAUUUUUUUGUUCAUUAUUUUUUUUACUUAUACAAAAAUCGAUUUCUUUUUUUUUUUCUUUGUUAAUUAACGGUACAAAGUGGAUGAUGGAUAUUGGAUAAACGGCCUCCAGUUAAUAAUAUGGGUAACGAAAUUUUUAUAAAUAAAAACUAGAAUUUAAUUGAUUGCUUCAAUGAAUGUUAUUUAAAAAUAAAUAUGAUAUAAAUAUAUUUACGAGUGACUGAAUGAAAUUAGCAGACAUAUCAUUUAAGACAAUACACUUGUUACAGAAACUCAGUUUCUAUAUUAAUAAUUAAUAACCAUUGCAAUAUUUUAUUAUUGUAACAAUACUGUGUCGAUAAAAAAAACACAUUUUUUCUUCAUUAAAAAAAUUAAUACUAAAUAUUAUACUAAAUACUAAGUGUUUUUAAAUAUUUUUAUUUCGAAAUGAUCAUUUAUUUCGUCAUUUUUUAAGCGUAAAGUUUUAAAAAAUUCUUCUACUGUAUUAAAUUUUUUAAAUUAAACACACUGGAGGCCGAUUAUUAAAAAAAAAACAAUAGAAAAAUUAAUAAAUUAACGAAUUUUAACGGAAUAAUUAAAUCAAAAUAAAAGAAAAUUAAAAAAAUUGCAUGAAAUUGUACAAAUGAGUCCCUCCACGUCACUGAAAAUAAAAAUAUGAAAUUAAUUAAACGAAAAGUAAACAAAUAUGGAAAAACGAAAGAAAAAAAUUAAAUUAAAAAUCGUUAUCUCUAUAGUAUAUAACAAAAAAAAAAAUAAAUAAAUAAAAAUAUGUGAUGUAAUAAAAUUGUAUGUGGUAAUAUGAUAUUACGUAUUUGUACAUAGGCGGACCCGUGCCAUUAACUAGUGAGUUGUACCGAUAUUGUACUGCCACUUUGCCUUCUUCUUUCAACAAAAAAAAAAAAAAAAAAAAAAAAACAAUUUUUAAAAUACUAAUAAUAAAAUAUAAUUAAAAAAAAAAUUAUUUAUUUCAAUAAAUUUCUGGCAAAUGCGAUCAAUCGUCCAUAAAAAAUCGCUCGAUAACAAAAUAAUGAUUUAAACCUUAAAUAGAAAAGAAUCGUCCAUUUAAUUUUCGUAAAAUAAAUUUAAUUUUUAUUUUUAAAAUACGUGACAUCAAAAUAUAUUGGUACAACUCGUGGAAGAAAGCGUGGUUUAAUACACCUGAGGAAUGUGCUCAAAAUACUGUAUUAAAGAACAAAAAAAAACUAAAAAAAAAAACUAAAAAAAAAUGGCAAAAAGAUUUUAAAAAAGAAAAAAAAUAAUAAUUCGACUAUUUUCUUUUUUUUUCUUUCAAGAAUUUGGCUUACAAUGAAUUUACUUACACAAUGACAACAUACACUUGUUAACAAAAUAAUAAAUUGUUUUUUUUUUUUUUGUUUUUAAAUUGUAAACUACUUGUCAUGACUUUAAUCUAAUUAACUUUUACUAUCUAUCUAUCUCUAUAUGCUCGCAUGGUUAUUCAUACUAUUGAUGUUAUAUAUUUAAAAAAAAAAAAAACUAUUAAUAAUCAAUAAUUGAUUAAUAGAUAAUUUUUUAUCAUUUAACCAGUUGCAUGUUAUUUAUCUCAAUUGUCUUUCUCACCCGAAGCAAUCAUUUACAAUUUUCGAAAUUAGAAAAGAAACAUUUUGUGCCAAAUAGUUCUUAAAAUAUAUUUGUCAAUUUUAAUUACUCAAUUUUAGCUAAUCAAAUUUUAAAGAAUAAAUUAUUUAUUAUUUUAUCAAUCUGUCUAUGCUCAACUAGUUUAACUCGUAGAAAUAUUUAUAGAAAUCAAAAAAACAAAAAUGAGAAUUGUUUAUAUCAUGAAAAAAAAAUCAAAUUCAAUCAAAAAAAAAAAAAGUUUCAUCUUGCUCAAAAAUAAAAAAUUGCAAUUACGUGAUUGCUCAAAAUAAUGCCACUUAAGCAAUAUGAGUAUUAUCAUUUAAUCUUCCUCAAUAAAUACCUGCAACUGGUGAAAUGAUAAUUUUAAAUCGAAAUUGAGUCACUAUCAUUCUGUAGAUAUUUAAAAAGAAAUUUUACUUCAAUAAAUUCAUCAAUAUUUUACUAAAAUAAAUGUUUUUUCUUUCGAAAUUUUAAUUAAUUAUAUUAAAUCAUGGCCUAAGUUGAUAUUUUUAUUAAUUAUUUAUACUCUAUGGUUUUAUUAAAAGGCAGUCCGUAAAUCAGUAUUACAAUGUUGAUAUUUAAAACUGUUAAUAAUACGAAAUAUUAAUUAAAAAAUAAAUCAGUUUUUAAUUAUUUCAACAGCAAUACUGUGUUCUGUAAUAAAUACUUGCCAUUUGAAUGUACAUAGCAUUGAUAGAUAAUUAUUCUACACUAUUAAUAUUAUUAAAAAAAAAAAAUAUUUAAAAAAAAAAUUGAUAUUAGUUAAUGGCUGACAAAAUAAUAAAUUUAAAAAAAAAAAAAAACUUCUCGAUGUUAUUCGUUAAACAAUUUUUAAUAAAAAUUAUAAAAAAUUUAAAAAAAAAAAAAAAGUAAAAUAAUACCUUUAUACGGACGUCCCAGAAUAUAAAGAAAAAAAAAUAUUUUUAUGAGGUAAAAAAAAUUAAACAAUUGCCAAGUUUUUGAUCUUGAUGAAAAAUAAUUUAAAAAAUACCACAAAAAUAUAUAAAUUAUAAAAAAAAAAUACGAUGAAAUAAAUAAAAAACCAACGCAGAAAGUGACAAAAAAAAAAAAAAUCCAAAUGAUAAAUAAUAAAUUUGUGAAAUUGUUUAAAUUUCAAUUAGUUUAUAAGAAUAAUUUUCAUGCUUGAAUUUGUCGACAUGAUUAAUUAAAUAAACAGUAUAUUAACAGCAUAAAUAGUAUAAAUGUAAAUGAACUAUUUUCUUCUAUGAAUAUAUCGUGUGCAUGAUAAAUAAAUAAUAAAAAAAAAAAAAUGUUGAAAAUAUGAAUAUUGCGUGUUAUUUUCGAGGAAAAAAAAUAAUAAUAAUAAAUAAAUAAAAAGACAAAAAAUGGAACUAUAUUCCCAUUGAUCGGUAUCUGAUUGUAGCCAACUUUUUAUACUAUGCUUAAUUGUAAAAUUUAAUGAUGAUUUGUGAAAGAAAAAAAAAAAAAGAUACAAAAAAAAAAAAAAAAGAAAAAAUACACAAUCUGUUGGACGAUUUUUUUUCUCACUAUCAAUCUGCACAGAUUGAAAUUCGUUCGUCAGUGUGUUUUUUCAAAUGAUUUCCUGUCUUGAAAAAAAUAAGAUCAAUUUAAAAAACAGUUUCGAUGGGGAAAUAAAAUACUGUGUAUAAGCCAAGUGCCUUUGUGUUCUGGUAAAUUAUUCACUAAUCGUUAAACUUUUGACUAUAUAAAUAAGAUUUAAAAAAAACAAUUGUGUGUAAAAAUAAAAAGAAAUCCUCAUGAUGAAUAACAAAUUGCAGUCGUAAAAAAAUUUAAUUUGUUUCUUUCUUUUGUGCCAAAUGACGAAACGAUGAUGAUUAAAAAAUCCAAUUUGUUAUUUUUCCUGCUAGUAUUGAUUUGUUAUUUAAUCUUUUAUCAGUGGUUGUAUGUUUAUCUUGUAAAAUCCACCAAACGCUGGCUAUCUCUGCAAGGAAUUGAUGUAAAUAUAUAGGGGAAAAAAAUAACCUAGUGUGUUUGUGUAAUUGUCAAAAGCUGCAAAGAUUGAAUGAUUACAUAUAAAAAAAAAUUCAGCUAUUAUUUUAUUAUUGAUAAAAUCAAAAAAUAAAUAAAGAACGUAUUUGCUGUUUUCUUGUUGUUCUUGGAUAAUAAUAUUUAAAGAAAAAAUAAUGUCUUUCUACUUGUGUAAAAAUCAUGUGUGAAUAGUGACAGACUGAUUAAUGUGAUGUAUAAAAAUCAGAACACUACAAAAUGAUAAUGAAAUAAAUUUGAAAUAAUACUGGCACUUGAAAAUUAUAUAAACAAAUUAAUCAAAUCAACUAAUAAAUGUAAAAGAACAAAAUUAAAUAUAGGUUUAAUCUUUGAGUGUGAUUAAAAACAAUAAAUGAACAUUUUAAAAUCAAAUAAUUCAUCAUUUAAUUUUAGUACAACUUUAUUUAACUGUGCACAAUAAAUAUUUGAAAUAAUAACAAACAAAUUUAAUGAUAAAUAAUAAUAAUUGUGCCAAAAAAAAUAUAUGUUUUAAUAUUUUAAAAAAAUUAAAUAACAUUGUGGAAUAUAAAUUUUCAGUGAGGAUUGUAAUCAAAAUUAUUUAAAAAUAAUUUUCACGAGGGAAAGAGGCGAGACAUGUAUUGAAAAUAUUGUCUUUUUUUUAUUUUUUAUCUUGUUAAAUUUUGUAAAUUUAAUUUGAUUAUUAUUUAUUGAUUUAAUGUCUAAUUUUUAUUUUUUAUUUUUGUCAUGCUGAGACAAUCAUUUCGAGUCAUUAUUUUUCGUUUGUUUUUAUUUUAAUUUGCUGGAAAUAAAAGCUUGUUAAUUUUUUUUAAAAAUACAUACUAAACAUUUAAUUAAUAUUUUAUAAAUAAAAUUGCAAUUAACCACUCAUAAAUAGUAAAUAAUAAAAGUUAAAAAUGGCUGCAGCUGUAAAUCAAAAUUUUGAAAAUAUAAUUAAAAUACUCAAAAAAUUGAUUACAUUUUUUGAAUAUAAUCAAACAAAAAUCAAAUAAAUAAAAACAAUAAAUAUAUGUAUAUAAAUAUAGUAUUUCUAAUAAAACAAAAAAAUAUAAAUAAAAGAAACUGAAGGGCUGGACAAUAUUUUCUCAUAAAAAAAAAAAAAGUAAAAAGCUCACUAUAAUAUUCAGUAAAAAAAAAAAAAGAGAAUCUUUUAGAAUUAAACAAUAAUUAAAAAUAAAAAAAUUAUAAAUAUUUUUGUGUAAUAAAAUUCAAUGGACAACAAUUAAAACGUCAACUUAAAUAUUAGUAAUAGAAAAAAAAUAUUGAUGUUAAUUGUUUGAUGUUUUGCAAAAGAAAAAAUGAUUAGAUUUGUACAUAAAAAUUAAAUUUCAUUUUCGUUUUCUUUAAAACAGUGAAAAUAUUAACUAGCAAUUUUUUAAGUAUUGUAAAAUAAUAAUAAUAAUUUCUUCAAGAUAAAAAGAUAAUGAAAAAAUAAUUAACAAGUCCAGCCCUCUUUAAUUUAAAUUGCCAAAAGUCGUUUCUCUUUCCCUCUCGUAAAAAAUAAAAGCAUUUUUUCUUUUUAAAUAAAACAACUAAGCUGUCUAAAAAUCAAACAUAUCAAUAAUAAUUUGAGCAACAAUAAAAAAAUAAUAAUUAAAAUCUAUAACAGCAAUAUUUAAUCACCCAAGUUAUUACAAGAAAUUUAUACAAUUAUUUUAUUUAAAUAUAUAAGUAAAAUUUAUGAUCUUAAAUGGGUAAUUCUAUUGAUAAAUCAAAAAAACUCAAUUUGCUGACGAGAACAGCAAGGAGCACAACGUUUUAUUGUCCGAUAAAAUUUUUUAAAAAAUUAAUAAAUAAUUUUAUCUAUACCACUGGCUAAAAGAACAAUUAUAAUUAAAUUUAUUUUCUUCUUUUUUUGUUUUUUUUUUUAAUGAAAAGAAAAUAAGAAUCUCUCGAGCAACUGUAAAAAUUCAAAAAUAAAUAAUAGAUAUCAUGUAAUUAGAGCGAUAAUAAUUAUAGAAAUGACAAGUGAUUGAUUGUGAGUAAUUUUAAUAAUUGUUACAUGUAUUUUCUAUUCUAUAAAUAUAUUAUUAUAAAAUAAAUAUAUAAACAUAUAUAUUUAACA